GACUUUUAAAAAUCGGAGUAAAAUUAAUGAAAUAGUUCAUUUUAGGCUAUACUCAUUUUUGCGAGAUUUUGUCUUUUUCUGGACAUAUGUUGUUUCGGCUUUUCAAAGUUAGUAUUUUGUUGUAGUCACUAGACUCUUUAUUGACAGUUGGCACUGCCCAGUGACGACGGUAAUGAUAUGAUAAGCGAGUAGCCAUGGCCAACGGAGCUACUGAGUUUUCGUUGGACGCUGUUAGAGAUUUUAUGUUAUGUCGUGGUGGACGAGUUACAAAUCAUGAACUGGUUCAACACUUCAAAAGUUUUCUCACCAAUACUGAUAACAAAGAACUGGCGCGGGAUCAAUUCAAGCAAUAUGUGAACACCUUGUCUCACGUGGUGAAGGAAGAAAACAACAAGUAUUUGGUCCUCAAGAAGAAAUAUUGUGUAGAUGCGCCUUUGACCUCGUCAAACAACAGACCUUCUGACCCUCAUGUCUUGCAGUCACCCGACAGCAAUUUUAUCCCUGCCCAGUACAGCCAGAAUCAUGCACCUCACAACGUGUCAAUCCCCAACGAGUUUGCCGUCUCACCGCAAGCUGCUGCUAGCUCGGGCAGAGGCUACCUUUUUCAUGACCGUGGACCCGAAAUGCCGGGUGAGCAGAUGUCGAAAAUGACCGAUUUCAACCAACGUUAUGGUAGCCAACAAUCUCAAGGAAUCCAACAAAAUGACGCAGCGUCACCCUACGGCCAGCAAUUCCAGCGACGUGAUUCAAAUUCUUCUUUCGGAGGUGCCGUUCCUAAUCAGGAUUAUUCUGCUCCUCCGUUACCCCCUCGCCAGAUCGCCUCGCCCUACAAUGGAGGAGCACCACCCGCGGCUCGACUUCGUACUCCUCCGCCGUACCGUCCGCCGCCCCCGCCUCCUGAAUCCCCGAAAAUCAUGGAUCCAUCACUCAUGCACAACCCGCACGGAAACCCGAACUUCGGUCCCUCGUACAACUCGCACGAGUACAACAGAUUUCCGGCACCUGGGGCAAUCGGGCACCCCAGUGGGUUGUCGCACCAGAUUUCAGCGCACGAGUACCGCUCCCCGGAUCCAUAUCCCAAAGAGCACCAUCGAAGAUCUUCCUACGAAGCUCACUCUGAACAGGACUUCAGAAACCACAACCGGAGCUCAUCAUUCGAUGAGCCUCCUGAUCUUGGCAUACCGGUGCCCCAAAGCUUUCCUGCAAGUUCCCAGCACCAGCAGUCGAACCAAGGACUCAUUCCCUUGUCAGCAACGAAAAGGACUGGUCCCAGACAAGCGCCCUCACAUCCAGACGGGAUUCUACAGUCCAGAUCCAGGAAAAACAAGUAUGAUUCACCUCCAUCUGACGCGUCUCAGGCGUCGUCCGAUGAUUCGUCUGAGUUGCGUGCUGCUGACAGAGGACGGUCUCACAAUCAAGUCGACAGAAACAAGGAAAAUUUCGAACCUCCGACUCAUAGUAUCGCUAUGCAAUCAAAACAGGAUAUGCCGAACAAUCCAGACGGAGAUGCAGAGUCUCUCGCUCCGCCGACCACGGGAGGAAACGAGAAGAAAAUCUCAGUAAAGGAGAAAACUCAGAUCUUUAACAGGAUGGCCUCGGAGACCAAUCUGGGCGACAAGCUGCUCAAGAACGGCUCCAAGAGCAACCGCAGCUCUAGAGCGGAGAAAGAUUACGACGACACCAAAUCCAUCCUUAGUUACGGGCAGGACGGUCAGGACUGGCUGGUGGCAGCAGCGUCGAGCGACUUCAACGAGAUAUUGCGGCUCCUCAAGGCACAUCCUGAGCUCAUACGGCGCAAGGACCGGCAUAACGGCUACACGGCGCUGCACUGGGCAGCAAAGCACGGGCGUGCAGAGGUGGUCCGUCUUCUAGCCGGCACCUACCAAGCGGACCCCAACGCGCGCAGCAAUGGGGGGUACACGCCUCUGCACCUGGCUGCCCACUACAACAGACAAGACGUCUUCGACUUACUCGUUCACUACGGUUCCGACUUGAACCUCCGUGACUACUCCGGCAAGAAGCCUCGCCAGUACAACACCAUAGCCUCGUCCACCAUCAGCCCAGAGCACCAAAAACGUAUUGUCCAGCGCCGGAAUUCUAUGGAGCGACGGAUCAACAAAAGGAAUUCGAAGAAGCAACUUAAAAUCGCGUCAACAAUUCUGCUCUCAAAGUAGCCAUAGCGGAGUUGCGUGAGGUUGGACCAGCCUAGCAAGCCGUUCAAAAUAAAAGACAGCGCGAGUUUCCUGCGCAUUGGGUCGCUGAAUGUGAAGGUGCGCCGCACGACCGAGGCCUUCAACGCGCUGCUGUCGCGAGACUCGAACGCAGUCGAGCAACUCCGACACCUGC